GCGCUCUCGUGUUCUCUCUCUCCUCUCCCUCUCCCUCUCCCUCGCCGACAGCUCCGCUUCCGCCGCCCGAGCCGAAGCCAACAACCACUGACCGAGCCACGCUGCAGGGCCGCAAAGGAGGCGAGUGAUUACUUCGGUGAUGGCGUCGAGCAGCUCCGCCGGAGGCGUGGGCGGCUCAGGGGCAAAAGGUGUCGCUGCAGAUGAAAUGCUGCCAGCUUCUAGCUCACAUCAAGAGUCCCAUGAUGCUGACACAAAAUCACGUGUGGAGGAUGUUUGGAAGAAAAUGAACAGUGGGUUGCCUAAUAAGAUGCCCAAACCUGCAAUGACCAAACUCAGUACAGCAGCAAAAGAAGGGAAAAGUAAGCCAAGAAAUAAUUGGAUGACCAUUCUAGGUCUUGCACCAAGUAAGGCUUCUACAAUUGAUCAAGGCCCCCAAAAUGGGAAACAACAGACACAACAUGAAAUGAGUGAGGAUGCCAAAAAACUUGCAGCAAAUGCUCUUGCAGCUGUCAAAGAUGCCACCGCUGCAGCUUCUGGAAGAGGAAAAGUAGAGAUAACUGAGGUAAGGGACUUUGCUGGCAAGGACAUUGAAAUCAAGAAGUUGGUGGAUGCUGAUUCAAAGGAAGCAAUCGAGAAGGCCAAGGCAGCUGGUGCUUCCCCAUCGGCUCUGGACAACAUUCUUGAGCAGAUAAAGAAGAAGCAGAAGCUGAGUGUACUGGACAAGACGAAGAAAGACUGGGGAGAGUACAAAGGAGAUAAUAGAGGCGUGGAGGAAGAGCUGGAUGCGUACAAGAAGAGCUCGAACCAGUAUCUCGACAAGGUAUCGUUCUUGCAGAGAGCCGAUUACAGAGAGUUUGAGCGCGAGAGGGAUGCCCGGCUGUCGAUGAUGGCUAAACGGAAGAGCAAUAUGCAGGAGGAUGAUGUGUAGGCUUGAAAUGUAUCGUCUUUGGAGAUCGUUCUCCACCCCUUUGUUGUAGACAUUCUUUUUGAGAUAAUGAUAGACCCCAAUUUGUCAA